AUGUAUUGGACUAUUGAUAAACCUUGGAUGGAUCCACGUCUACCGUCGCUGAACCGAAUGGAAAUGCAUGUCCCCCUCCGUUUGUUUCAAGAUUCGGCAAAGGCUCGGCGAGCUGCGUGUCUUCCCCAGAUGGUGGCUCGCAAUGCUCCUGGCUCCUAUACACCAAAUGUCAUUCUUUUAGACAAGCACAAAUGGGGAUUUCAAUUGUUCAAGACAGUGGAAGAAGGGCUCGAUGCUGUCCAUCAAGAUGAAGCUACUAACAAGAAAGUAGGGAAGACAGGGAAAAAAUCAAAGAAAGGGAAAGGGAAGAAAUUUAAAGAUUCCAAGUGGAAACCGAUAGAUAUUCCAGAACAUUGGAUGCUUCAGGGUUUUGAUGAUAUUCCUAUCUACACAAACAAAAAGUAUCCAUUUCCCUGUAAACCUCCAGUGGUACCAAAGGAAAAUCCAACGGGAGUAUACAAGCUGGAACUCGACUUGCCAUCCGAUUGGAUUCUUGCUGGAGGCAAAGCCGAUCAGAUCAGCAUUCUACUACAUGGUUUUGAAUCCAUCUGUUUUGUAUUUUGGAACGGUCGCAUGUUGGGAUUCGGGAAAGACUCUCGUCUACCGUCCGAAUUUGUCGUUCCAAAGGAACUGCUCUGCAAGCAUCCGAAAGUGCAUCUGGUUGUGGCGAGAUGGUCGGAUGGGAGCUAUCUAGAAGAUCAAGAUCAUUGGUGGAUGGCGGGUCUUCACCGAAGUGUUGAAUUGGUAAGGCGGCCUUCUACCGCACACAUUCUGGACUAUCACGUUGAGGCAUCCGAGUCAAAGGACUUGACUGUUUCGAUCAAACUUCGGCAGACUGAUGGACUGUUGUUACGAGUGCGCUUGUACAAUGACAAGCAGUUGUCAUCGGAUGGGUCUGAAUGGGAAGCAGCUGAUGUAGCGAUAUGGGAAAUGAUGAAGACGGAGGAAAAGUUCUCUGUCGUCACCUUUCAAGAUCGGAUCAAUGACGUAGAACUCUGGACAGCCGAAACUCCACAUCUCUACACUCUAGUUUUGGAGCAGGUUGAUUCCAAAAGCAUGAAAGUGAUACAAACCGAGUCCUGUCGCGUGGGGUUUCGAAGCAUCCGUGUCAGCAAAGGCAUGCUCCAAGUCAACAGCAAACCAAUCACUGUUUGCGGAAUCAAUCGCCAUGAACACGAUCCAGACCAUGGUAAAGUCGUAAGCCUUGAUCGUAUGGUACAGGAUAUUGUAGUUCUGAAACAAAACAACUUCAACGCCGUCCGAACCGCCCAUUACCCAAACCAUUCUUCAUUCUACCGACUAUGCGACUAUUUUGGAAUGUAUGUGUGUGACGAAGCCAAUGUUGAGACGGAUGGAAUGAAACCGAUGGGUCGAUUGGCAAACGAUUCAGGGUGGGAAAAUGCAUUCUGCAGCCGUGUCCAGCGCAUGGUUCGUCGGGACUGCAACCACCCUUGUGUCAUUAUGUGGAGCCUUGGGAACGAAUCCGGCCGUGGUGCCAAUUUGCUGAAAGCUCAAGCUUCCAUCCGGGAACUCGACAACAGUCGUCCAAUAUGCUAUGAAGGAGGUGGGGUAUUGAUCGAAGGAACAGGGGAGACUGAGUUGACAGACAUUGUUUGUCGAAUGUAUCCAGAUGUGGAAGCUUUGGAUCGACUGAGCUCCAAAAGCAAAGACGAUCGGCCGAUAAUCCUUUGUGAAUACAGUCAUGCGAUGAACAAUUCCAAUGGCAACUUGCAUCUCUACUGGGAAAAGUUCUGGGACCAACAGCAUCCAAGACUGCAAGGAGGCUUCAUUUGGGAUAUGAUUGAUCAAGGGCUUCGAAAGUCCCAUAAGAAUGGCAGAGACUUCUUUGCAUAUGGUGGAGAUUUUGGAGACAAGAUAAACGACAAACAAUUUUGCAUCAAUGGCAUGUUCUCCCCCGAGAGAGACCCUCACCCAUGUGUUGCAGAGAUAAAGUACUUGCAGCAGCCAGCCGCGAUUACAAGCGAAAAGGUUCUCCGCAUUCGAGUUGAUCGCAACAUAGUGAAGUCGCAGAAUCUUGUUGCUAAGGCACUGAAAAUAAAAGUGACCAACAGAUUUUCUUUCAUUGGCCUUGAUCAUCUGAGCUGGAAAUGGAGCUUUUUCUGUGAAUCACACCCAGGGGAGGUUGUCCAAGGGGGUACAGUUUUGGAAAACGGAGAACUGAGAAUCGAUACGACAUCCAUAUUCAGUUUACUGAAUUCCAUCGACUGGCAUGGUUGUGAGUCUGGUUACUUGUCUGUUUCUGGUGUCUUGAAAUCAAGCAAUACCUGGGCGGAAGUAGGACAUGUCGUUGUUUCGGAACAGCUCCACAUCCUGCUAGUAUCACAAGUGAUUGUGCGUGAGGACCAAUCUCCUAGCCCUUUGACUUCAACGAUUUUAAGAGGUGCCCCAAUCGUAUCUGAGAACGAUCUUACAUUGAGUAUUGAAUCGGAAGACAAAGAUACAAAGCUGGUCAUCAAUAAGUCAAGUGGUGACUUGAUGAAAAUGACUAUCAAUGGGGAUGCAUUCCUGUGUGGCGAGGGCGUGAGAUCGAACUUUUCUAGAGCCGCAACUGACAAUGAUAAAGGUGGAAUGGAACUUGUUCUAGAUUUCUUGGCGAUGCCUUGGAUACAGAAUGUACUUAGGGUCGUCGAUGGUAGCUCGUUUUCUUAUGAGUGUCAUUGGCGGGAAUACGGCAUUUCUCAGGCCUCCAAUGUAUCAAGAAAGUGUACGAACACAUCCAUCAUUUAUGGAAAAGAGGAAACAACAAUCGAAUGUGAUUCUGUCAUGUUUUCUGAAGGAGGCCACAAGUUGAUGCUUUUGAAACUGAGUUAUAGCCUGCACAAAAGUGGACGGAUCGACAUUGAGACAAGAGUCACUCCUCGUGGUUGGAUUCGAUUGAUACCAUCUCUGGCAAGAGUCGGAAUAUCGUUGACGCUCUCUCCGUCGUUUCGGAAUGUUUCAUACUUUGGGCGGGGUCCCAAGGAAAAUUAUCCAGACCGAAAAGCUGGAGCGCAACUGGGACUUUGGGAAACAUCACCUUCCAAAAUGGGCUACGACUAUAUUGUCCCGAGCGAGAAUGGUAAUCGAUCCGAUUGCAGGUGGGCUGUCUUCCGCUCCAGGAAAAGCGGUGUCUUGAUUCGACCAAAUAACAAAAAAGAAGACUUUUGUUUCAGUGCGCUACUUCACAGCGGCAAGGAAUUCCAUCAUGCCAAACAUACUAUCGAUCUUGAGGAACGACAGGACGGCGCGCAUCCUAUCCAUGUCAACUUAGACCAUAAGCAAAUGGGGCUUGGCGGCGACGUGAGUUGGUUUCCGGCUGUCUAUCCCCAGUAUCUUGUGGAAUGCAAGAAAUAUAGCUUUGGUUUCAGUUUCUUGCCCGUCAAAACUGGCGAGUCUCCGGAAGAGGUAGCAAGGCGACGAUGA